AUGUCCAUACUCAGAAGAUUCACCAGACUCACUACUCCCGUGCUUGCCUUUGGCGCCGGGCUUGCAUUGUUUCCUGCGGAGUGGCGAAAAUCCAAAUUCCAGCCCGCCAAGUUAACCCACUUCAAUAAGGAUGCCUUGGACAAGAUCUCCAAAUCAGACCUCUUCCAGCAGCUAAAAAGCGAUCCAAACUACAAAAUGUACUACAACAGUCAAAGCUUUCCUCAGCAGCAUCACAAGAACUUCGUCAGCAGGGGCAUGCUUUUCGGACCUGACCUUUUCGAGGUUGACCCCGUCGUGUUCUUGAACGAGUCAUCAGGUGAACUCACUGCUUUCUACCAUUUGGGUAAAGAACUCGUAAGUGGGGACGGCAUGCUUCACAAUGGCAUCACGUCUACCAUUUUAGACGAGGGGCUCUGCGCCUGUGGAUUCUCGAAGCUUCCGUCAAAAAAAGGCGUCACCGCUAAUCUUUCCAUAGACUUCAAGAAUCAGGCGCAGCCACAGAGCACUGUGGUGUUACGGGCACGCGUCGAGGAGGCUAAAGGCAGGAAGGUUGUGAUCAAGGGCAACCUUCUGGUGUUCCCAACCAGGAUUGGCGAAAAGCCGAUGGAGAUUGCCUCGGCUAAAUGUGUUCUAGUAGAGCCCAGAUGGUUCAAGUACUUUCGGUGGCUACAAAUUUGA